UUCCUAUUUAUAGAAAAAUGUAUCAUAAUAUUAUCGUCGUAUUGCUAUAUUUAUCAUGUUUAUCAGUUAACUUCAGAAACAGUUAAACAUGGAUUUCUUUGGGAUCGCAACAAUUCCAGGAUGGCUCGUCACGAUCCUAUUAUUCUUCAUGACAAUGUGUUUGUACUCUUUAUACUGCCAAACAUUCUUCUGGAGAUUUGGUAUUCCUGGGCCUAGGCCAACUUUAUUCUUGGGAAAUUUUAUGCACUAUAUAAAAAAGGGUGUGUUAAAAGCAGACAUUGAACUGGUGGAGAAACAUGGGAAGUUUUUUGGGCAGUAUUUUGGAAACAUGUCUUCAUUAAUGGUCUCUGAUGUUGAUAUCAUAAAACAAAUUUGUAUUAAAGAUUUCUCAAAGUUUCCAAACCGGCUGGCUGAAGGUGAUAACAAUGAUCCAUACCUAAAGGAUGCCGUGUCAAUUGCACGUGACGAACACUGGAAGUUUUUGAGAUCAUCAAUUUCUCCUACCUUUUCUUCGGGGAAAAUGAGACAGAUGAUGCCCUUGCUUCAGAAAUGUGUUAAUGACAUGAUUGAAAAAAUGAGAAAGGAUACAGAAAAUGGAGAAGUAGUCGAUGUGUGCAAGUACUGUGGUUCGUUUUCAAUGGAUGUAAUAGCCAGUACAGCUUUCGGUAUGGACGUAGAUGCCCAAAACGAUCCAGAUAAUGCGUUUAUCAAGAAUGCGAAGAAAGCCUUCUCAUCUGGGUUCAAAAAUCCAAUGGUACUGCUCAUCAUAUUUUUUCCGUUUACAAGAAGAUUGCUUCCAUACUUAAAAUUAUCAACAAUGAGCAAAGAUAUGGCGAAUUUUUUUAACUCUGCUGUCAACACUGUUAUCGAAGAAAGAAGGUCGGAAAAUACGAAAAGACAAGACUUAUUAGGACUUAUGUUAAACGCACAUACAGACAAAGAAAACAAUGAGGAAAAUAUAGAAUUGUCAUCUACAACUGUAAAAGAUUUCAAGAAAAGACCUCUAACAAACAACGAAAUAUUAGCAAAUAGCCUUAUAUUCUUUUUGGCUGGAUAUGAGACUACUGCGAAUGUGUUAUCCUUCGUCCUGUAUUGUCUAGCUUUAUAUCCAGACUACGCUGACAAGGUUCGACAUGAAGUGGCUGAUAACAUUGGAAAGGAGAAACCAACAUAUGACAACGUCUCAAAGCUUCAGUAUUUAGAUAUGUUUGUUUGUGAGGUCCUCCGACUGUAUGGUUCGGCUGCUAGGUUUAAUCGAAUAACAGAAGAAGAUAUAGAAAUUGGUGGAUAUAAAAUACCCAAGGGGACUGAUAUCCAAUUUCCAGUUGGUGCCAUUCACAGAGAUCCCGAUUUAUGGCCUGAACCAGAGGUUUUUGAUCCUGAAAGGUUCACGUCAGAAAACAAGGAGAAACGUCACCCAUAUGCGUGGUUACCAUUUGGUGUAGGUCCUCGUAAUUGUGUUGGUAUGAGACUAGCACUUACAGAACUUAAAAUGGCUGCUGUUACCAUAGUUCAAAAUUUUAACGUUGUAAGAUGUGAUGAAACUGAGGUUCCAAUCACAUUUCAUAAAGGUGGAUUUAUAAAAGCACAGAAUGGUAUUAAACUGAAGUUGGAGAAGAGAUAGACUGGUUUUUGUAAAAAGUUACAGGGUGUUGAAGAAAAGAUAGACUGAUAUAUGUAGAUGGUUACAGUGUGUUGAAUCAACAAAUAUAUCUAAUGUUUUAAUUAUACCGUAGAACAGUUGCAUACUUUUAUUGUAUCGCUUACGACUAAUGAAGUCUUUUAUAUCAAUAAAGCCAAUAUAUAAAAUGCUUUAUUAAUAUUAAAGAAGGCAAUGCGCCAGAUGACAGUUGAAUACAAAAUCGCAGCCUCCUUAAAGUAGUUAAAAACAAUUCAUUCAAACAUUUGAAGAUUUGCGAUAAUGUAGUUCAUAUCAUGCUUUUCUUCAAAACCAUAAUAAAAAAUAUGAUUAAUUGGAACUUUUUUCGAGUUACAGGUUAUGCAAAACUGUCAGAUUUUUUUGUAUAGAUUCGUAACAUUUUUGCAGCUUAGUAAGAACAAUUUAUUCAAUAUGCAUGCUCAGGGAACGCCUUCCUCAAUCUAAUUGGCCUUUAUCUGACUUGAUAUCGCAGUCAAUGGUAUAUACAUGAUGUAAAUCUACAAUAAUAAAAAAGCAACAUUUGA